AUGGCGGGCUGUGAGUCAGCUGUGUCCAGGUUAUGGCUAGUUCAUACUCUGUUAUUGGGUACAUUUCUCGUGCUGCAGGAACUGAGCAGCGUGAACUACCUGGAACUGUACCGUGUGUCCGACCUGUUCCACCUGCCUGCCAUAGAGGAGACCGUGGUGGACUUCCUGAUGGAGCAGUUCUCUGAGCUGAGCCAGAACCAGCAGGACGAGGGCCUGUAGCUCCCCUACCGCCUCCUCAGGGAGGUGCUGAAGAGCAACCGCCUCACCUCCCUCAGUGAAAAUGAGAUAUGGAAGUUGGCUGCUGUUCUCUGGCUGGAACAUGACUGACGCUACCAGUACACGGAGGAUCUAAUUCAGCACAUCUGCUAUGGCCUGAUGAACAUCUCCACAUUGCACCACCUAGCCUGUAGCCACCCUCUGGUCCAGUCUAGUCCCACUGCUGCCGCCCUGGUGGAGGAGGCACUGGAUUAGCACCAUACCACCUUUGCCCAUCCCCUUCACCAGUCAGCCCGUACCAAGCCUCGCUUCCAGUCUCUCACACUCUCCAUAGCUGGCAGGCAGAAGCAGGAGGUGAGCAGGGUCAGAAAGCUGUGGUACUUCAAUCCGCAGCAUGUACAUGUGGUAGGUAGGUCAAACUGGAGUGAGCUGGCCCCCAUGCCUACAGGAUGCAACCACCAUUGCGUGGCUGUGAUGGGGAUCUUCCUGUUUGUUGUGGGUGGUGAAGUUGAGCACGCCACUGGAAGGACAUGUCCCGUAAGGACCGCCUGUCAGUAUGACCUGAAAGGAAACCGGUGGACAGAGAUUGCCCCAAUGAAGGCUUGCAGAGAACAUUUUGUGCUUGGAGUUCUGGGUCAGUACCUGUACGCAGUGGGGAGCCGGAACGAAUUGAGGUAGGUCCUGCCCUCUGUGGAACGUUAUUAACCCAAACGGAACAAAUGGAUGUUUGUUCAGCCCUUUGACCACUCGCUGUCUUGCCAUGCCGGCUCUGUAGCUGAUAGUCUGCUCUGGGUGUCAGGUGGAGUGACAAACACUGCACAGUACCAGAAUCGGCUGAUGGUUUACGAUCCAGAGCAGGUAUGGGCCUUGGACUGUGUUGGACUGACAUCCCCUCCAGGGGGAGUUGUAGACUCAUCUGCUUAA